GUCGAUCCUCACCAUGGUAACUAGCUUCAUCUUCAUGGACCAACAAGGGAAUUCCGAUUUCCAAUGCGGGGUAUUGGGCAUCAGUGUGCACAAUACAAAAUGGCGCCACUCUUGCUCUCUCGUUUCUGUGAAUCAUGGCCUCGAUUUCUCUCACGCAAUCUUCUGUCACUAUGGAUGUUUCCGCCCCCUCGGAGAAAAAGCCGCCUUACCAACAGACCAACGAAAAGUAUGGCGGGGACCUUGAGGCCGCCGCACCCGGCCACCUCGAUGAAGCUCGUGAUUUUCAUCAGGGGCUACACCAGCGUCACAUUCAGAUGAUUGCUCUAGCCGGGACGAUAGGCACUGGGUUGUUUUUGAGUUCAGGACGGGCAAUUGCCCACGCAGGACCGCUGGGAGCUUUUCUGGCAUACACGAUCAUCGGUGGGGCGGUGUUCAGCGUGGUGGCGGCGGUGGGCGAGAUGGGCAGUCUCGUUCCGCUCCAGGGUGGAGUCAUUCGCUAUGCUGAGUUGUUCGUGGACCCAGCCCUCUCCUUCGCCAAUGGGUGGAACCAAGUGUAUUCCUAUCUCGUCUCCAUCCCAUCCGAGAUUGUUGCUGCCGCCGUGGUCAUCGAAUUCUGGACCACAAUCAACAAUGCUGUCUGGAUCACCGUGUUUGGUCUUCUCAUGUUGCUCACGGCCUUGGUGUUUGUGCGCGUCUACGGCGAGCUUGAAUUCGGCUUCUCCAUCCUCAAGAUCAUGCUGGUCAUAGGAAUCAACCUCAUGGCCCUGGUGAUUACUUGCGGUGGAGGCCCGGAUCGAACCAGCAUUGGAUUUCGCUAUUGGCGCGACCCGGGCCCGUUUGUGCAAUACCUUGGCAUCGGAGGCUCCCUGGGGCGCUUCCUGGGAUUCUGGACAGCACUGAACAGUGCUUUGUAUUCCUAUAGUGGAAUCGAAAACAUUACCGUCGCAGCCGCGGAAACACGUUCUCCCCGUCAUGCCAUCCCCAUGGCCGCUCGUCGCAUUUUUGUCCGGAUCCUACUCUUCUACGUCUUGACCAUCUUCAUGAUCGGGCUAGUCGUCCCUUCCGACGACCCCAACCUUCUGGGGUCCUCGGGCACUGCGUCUGAGUCCCCGUUCGUUAUCGCAGCUCGGAACGCCGGAUUCAAAGUCGUCCCAUCCAUUAUCAAUGCUGUGGUACUCACCUCCGCUUGGUCCGCCGGCAACUCGAACAUGCUGGGCGGUUCGCGCAUCAUGUAUGCGAUGGCGGCCGAAGGCCACGCACCCCAGUGCUUCAAGCGUAUCAACCGCUUCGGUAUUCCGUAUGUGGCCGUGACAAUCCUGGGGGUUUUCAUGGCGUUGGGCUACAUGACGCUGUCGAGUUCGGCCAGUACCGUCUUCACCUGGUUACAGGACAUCGUCUCGAUUUCCACCCUGGUCAAUUGGGGAUGUAUCUGCAUCGUGUACCUGCGCUUUCUCUACGCAUGCAAAAGACAGGGCAUUGAUCGGCACAAGGAGCUGCCCUGGGCUGCUCCGUUUCAGCCAUGGGGUACCUGGUUUGCGCUGGGGCUUUUCAGCCUUCUGUUCUUGACUGGUGGGUAUCAGACUUUCAUCCACGGCCAGUGGUCCACGGAGACAUUCAUUUCUUCAUACUUGAAUGUCCCCAUCAUUUUUGCCCUGUAUUUCGGCUAUAAAUUUUGGGCCAAGAGCAAGAUCAUUGGGUUGGAGGAUGUGCCAAUUCGGCCGUUCAUCGAGCGUUACCAAGCCAACCCCGAUCCUGAGCCGGAACCGAAGCGCGGGCUUAGACGGUUGAACUUUCUGUGGGGAUGAUGCCACUUGGUGGGUGUGAUUUGAUCGAGUAUAGUGUGUCUGUAUUCUAGCGACUUAUCUUGCGUGUUCAUUUGCAUAGCUAAUGUCAUAAUCAAUCUGUAUUAUCUUCUUUU